CUGCCCACUGCGGAGCGAUGUCCCAACCGCCGCCGCCUCCUCCUCCGCCUUCUCAGCAGCAGCAGCAGCAGCCGCCGCCGCCUGUCUCGAAAAAGCGGGACCGGCGCAUCUUCUCCGGAACCUGCCCGGACCCCAGCUGCCAGGCGCGCCUGUUCUUCCCGGCCCACGGGCCGCUGAGCAGCGGCAGCAUCGAGUGCACGGACUGCGGGCAGCGCCACGAGCAGCGGCAGCUGCUGGGGGUGGAGGAGGUGACGGACCCGGACCUGGUGCUGCACAACCUGCUGCGGAACGCGCUGCUGGGGGUGAGCGGCGGGGGGCCCCCCAGGAAGAACACGGAGCUGGUCAAAGUUAUGGGCCUGUCCAACUACCACUGCAAGCUGCUCUCCCCCAUCCUGGCCCGCUAUGGCAUGGACAAGCAAACGGGCAAGGCCAAGCUUCUCACCGAGAUGAACCAGGGGGAUAUCUUUGACUGUGCUCUCCUGGGCGACCGCGCCUUCCUCAUCGAGCCCGAGCAUGUUGACACUAUGGGCUAUGGCAAGGACCGCUCCGGCAGCCUCCUCUACCUGCAUGACACCCUGGAGGACAUCAAGAAAGCCAACAACAGCCAGGACUGCCUGAUCCCUGUCCACGUGGAUGGUGACGGCCACUGCCUGGUCCAUGCUGUCUCACGGGCACUGGUGGGCAGGGAGCUGUUCUGGCAUGCUCUCCGGGAGAACCUGAAGAAGCACUUCAAGGAGAACCUGAGCCGCUACAAGGCUCUAUUCCAUGAUUUCAUUGACGCAGUAGAGUGGGAGGACAUAAUCAAUGAGUGUGACCCUUUGUUUGUCCCUCCAGAAGGUGUGCCAUUGGGCCUGCGAAACAUUCACAUCUUUGGUUUGGCCAAUGUGCUUCACCGGCCCAUCAUCUUGCUGGAUUCCUUGAGUGGAAUGCGCAGUUCUGGAGAUUACUCAGCCACUUUCCUCCCUGGGCUGGUACCGGUAGAGAAAUGCAUGGGAAAAGAUGGCAUGUUGAACAAACCUAUCUGUAUUGCCUGGAGUAGCUCUGGACGUAACCAUUAUAUUCCUCUGGUUGGAAUAAAAGGUGCUGCUUUACCGAAACUGCCUAUGAAAUUACUUCCUAAAGCUUGGGGAGUUCCUCAGGAUCUCAUCAAAAAGUACAUCAAACUGGAGGAGGAUGGUUGUGUGAUUGGAGGAGAUAGAAGUUUGCAAGACAAAUACUUACUGAGGCUGGUUGCUGCAAUGGAAGAGGUUUUCAUGAAUAAGCAUGGUAUUCAUCCCAGUUUAGUAGCUGAUGUACAUCAGUAUUUUUACAGAAGGACUGGUGUAAUAGGAGUUCAGCCUGAAGAUGUUACUGCAGCUGCCAAAAAAGCAGUCGUGGAUAACCGCCUUCACAAGUGUCUAAUCUGUGGUGCCCUUUCAGAGCUUCAUGUUCCUCCAGAAUGGCUGGCUCCAGGAGGGAAACUGUAUAACCUGGCCAAAAGUACCCAUGGCCAGCUGAGGCCUGACAAAAAUUACAGUUUCCCUCUGAACAGUUUGGUGUGCUCUUAUAAUUCUGUGAAGGAUGUCCUGGUACCAGACUACAGUCUGAGUAGUUUGACUGCUUGUAACUGGUGUCAUGGUACCUUGGUGCGUCGUGUCAGGGGAGAUGGAUCUGUUGUGUAUCUGGAUGGGGACAGAACUAAUACUAGAUCCACUGGUGGCAAAUGUGGCUGUGGAUUCAAGCACUAUUGGGAUGGUAAAGAAUAUGACAAUCUCCCUGAAGCCUUUCCUAUUACUUUAGAAUGGGGUGGAAGAGUGGUGAGAGAGACUGUAUAUUGGUUCCAGUAUGAAAGUGAUACAACUCUUAACAGUAAUGUGUAUGAUGUUGCAAUGAAACUUGUUACCAAACAUUUUCCUGGUGAAUUUGGUAGUGAGAUUCUUGUUCAGAAAGUUGUCAAUACAAUAUUACAUCAGACUGCCAAAAAGAACCCUGAUGAUUAUACUCCUGUAAAUAUUGAUAGUGCUCAUGCGCAAAGAGCUGAUGAUAUACAACAAGGACAAGACUUAGAGUCGCAACUUCCAACCAAAAUUAUUCUUACUGGACAGAAAAUGAAAACUUUGCACAAGGAAGAGUUAAAUAUGAGUAAAACUGAAAGAACUAUUCAACAGAACAUUGCAGACCAGGCUUCUGUAAUGCAGAAACGGAAAACUGAAAAAUUAAAACAAGAACAAAAAGGGCAACCUAGGACUACUUCCCCUGCCGCUGUUCGUGAUGGGCCAUCAUCUGCUCCUGCUACGCCUACAAAGACCCCUUAUUCUCCAACUUCUACAAAAGAAAAGAAGAUCCGAAUAACAACAAAUGAUGGGCGACAGUCUAUGCUUACAUUGAAGUCCACAACCACAUUCGUGGAGCUGCAGGAAAGUAUAGCCAGAGAAUUUAAUAUUCCUCCAUACUUGCAAUGUAUUCGCUAUGGCUUUCCUCCCAAAGAGCUUCUGCCACCCAAGGAAGGAAUGGAAAACGAGCCAGUUCCCUUGCAGCAUGGUGAUAAAAUAACUAUAGAGAUCUUCAAAGGUAAGGAAGAAGGUAGUCAGUCUACUUCAGCACCCUCAACUCAUGCUGUGAAAUAUGAAGAUGUUGCAGUAACCAGUAAAAUAUCUUCCAAGGAGUUGCAAGAGCAAGUUGAUAAAGAAAUGUACUCAUUGUGUCUUCUAGCAACAUUAAUGGGAGAAGAUGUUUGGUCAUAUGCAAAGGGGCUUCCUCACUUGUUUCAGCAGGGUGGGGUGUUCUACAGCAUAAUGAAGAAAACUACCGGUCUGGCUGAUGGCAAGCACUGUACUUUUCCAUAUCUGCCUGGUAAAAACUUUGUGUAUAAUGCAGCAGAAGAUAGAUUAGAGCUGUGUGUGGAUGCUGCUGGGCAUUUCCCUAUUGGUCCUGAUGUUGAAGACUUGGUUAAAGAGGCAUUAAGUCAAGUACGAGCAGAGGCUACUUCAAGAAGCAGGGAAUCAAGUCCUUCACAUGGACUUCUGAAAUUAGGUAGCGGUGGAGUAGUAAAAAAGAAGUCUGAGCAACUGCAUAAUGUAACUGCAUUUCAAGGAAAGGGCCACUCACUAGGAACUGCAUCUAGUAGCCAACAACUUGAUCAGAAAUCCAGGGAAACACCACUUUUAAGAAAGCAUAACACAGAAACAGACUUCAAUCCCAGUCCCACUAAAAUAGAGCCUUCUAUAUUCACAGCUGCUUCUGGUAACAGUGAGCUUAUCCGCAUAGCUCCUGGAGUAGUGACAAUGAGAGACAGCAGGCAGCUUGACCCUACCUUGAUUGAGGCACAGAGAAAAAAGUUACAGGAAAUGGUUUCUUCUAUUCAGGCAUCAAUGGACAGACACCUGCGGGAUCAGAAUGCAGAGCAGUCAGCAUCAAUCGAUCUGCCACAAAGGAAAGUAGAAGCGGUGAGUUCAUCACCUAAAACUGGCAGCAUUCAGGCUAAUUUGCCAGAAUCUUUUUCCGUAACAGGUGGCACUGAACAUUCAAAUACAGAAACAACUGCUGGCAAUGUGGUAAAUUCAAUGGGAGCAACAUUCCACACAAGACCUAAAGCACAAAAAGGAAAUUCUGUUGAGGAGGCUGAGGAGAUGGAUAGUCAAGAUGCAGGAAUUGCUAAUACAACUGAGCCGAUGGAUCACUCUUGAUUGGUUGAAAGCUGAUAAGGAUAGAGAUUACUGUUCAAAUGUAAUGUUUGUUGGCUGGGCCACAUAAAAUGAUUAGUCAUUAAAUCUUGUAUGUUUCAAAGAUUAUAUCUUCUUAUCCAGUGCAUGAUAGCAAGUGUGUGACUGGCAAUAGCUUUUAAUAUUCCAUGCUGCUGCCCAGGCUGGCUCUCAGUGACCUGUAAAUUAGCUAUUAGAGAAUGCACUGAGAUGAAUAUCUGCUGUAGAUGUGGGUUAUUGAAAGUUCUUUGUAAUUUUAAUUCCAUGAAAGUCUUAAAAUUUAAGCCCAUGUGAGAUUCUUAGUGCUAGUUUAAGAUUACCAAAAAGGCUAGAACAGAGCAAAAAUAUAAAAUUGACAAAGUUAAUGUGUUAUCCCAGAAGUCUGUGUCCACUCAAAAUUAUAGUGUAAACAGACAUUUACAUUAAUUUCAGAAGAGCAACUGAAAUUAAAUUGUAUGUUAAACUUCAUAAAACAAUAUAUACAACACUUUAAUUACAUGAUGCUGGCAUUCCCUUAGAUUUAAACACUUUUGCAUCCAUAUUCCUGUAUGUGCUUGUCAGAACCUUGGAAUAAGAGUAACUAUAAUUAAGGUCUCUCUAACUUCUUCAUAUUGUCAGUUUGAGCAAGAUUAGAAAAAAGGCUACUUAGUGUAAGAUGAAGACAAAGCGAAUGCGGUGCAGUUACGCAUGGCUGUCUGAGCCAACACAGCCAUUUCAGUGCUCUCUUAGUAAGUGAUAGCAUGCACUUUUUUGCCAUGCAAUUUUUUUGAUAUUAGGGUAUGGGAGAAAGAGGUUGGAAAGUGUUGUAAGAAGUUACAACAGAUCAAUAGCAAAUCAGUUCUUAAAGAUUUUGAUUAUUAGCACUGGUAAAUGGUGGCUAUAGUUAAGUAAUGGCUAAUAUUUUCAGAGCAUGAGGAAUUAACAGAAUUCACUAGAAAGAAAUAGCUCUUGAAUGAGUUGCAUUGUUCUAAACUGUUCUCCAGUGAUAGUUGAGCUUCUAGAAGCUCAUUUUUUAAACUCCAUGGAAACAGGAAAUAUGUACUGUUUCAAUGCCCAUAAAGACUACUGUUUCUAUUGGUUUCUCUUCAGUUUGUGAUGCAAAAUUCCCUGCAUCAGUUCAUGAUAAAGCUGGUAUCCGCUUAAGUAGCAUAUCAUCAGAUCUACAGUGCUAGUUCUUAAGCAGCCGCUGUGCGUGCUCCAUAAAGAUGGAAUGUUUAUCUUUAUAUUGAUAUUUCACUUUGCCUUCUACUUGUAUAUUCAUAUUUUAAGUGCAUUAUUGCUGCUUCCUCUGAUUUAAGCUAAAGUGGAUUAGGCAAAAGGUGUUAAAACAGCCUCAAAGGAAUUCAGAACAUUUAGAUCUUGAAGUCUGUUUGUGUACACACAUGGGUUUUUACUAGUUCCACAGAUAGUAAGUUUUUAUUAUAAACAUGUUUGUAUUCAGAAAAAUAUCUCCUUACUUUUUACAUUUAUAGUCACAUCAACAGAAACAAAUUCUAAGCACCGUUAUGAUAGAAUGCCCUAAUUAAGGGAGGACAUAUUUUUUUAUAUGGAAAAGUACCUGAAGCAAGUCACUUAAAAUAUAGUCCCAAUUUAGUUAAAUUACUAGUAAUUAAAACAUCAUAUAUUGGCUUUCUCUUUUCAUACAGGGAACAAAUAUUUAAUAAGGUAGUGCACUACUUACAUAUGAAACACAAAAAUCACCUUUUCAUGAAUAAAUGCUAAUUUAAAAGAUAUCCUUUUGCUAACUUAGUCAUUUGGUUGAGAAUUGCAAUACGUGAAGUAAACUUGGCACCAAAAUUGACCUCUUUGGUGUAUUGAUUAACUGACCGUGCUUAUCCAAUGAGAAAUAGGAUGCACAUGCAGCAGCUGGAAGCUUGCCAUAACCUCAGAUGUUGUAUUAGUGUCCAUUGCUGCAGCCUAGCUGUUUGGAGGCUAGAGACAGAAAUGGAAUGUGGAGACAGAAGCACAAGCUUCCACAUGGUGAGAGGUGUUAGAAAAAGGGACAAGCAGCAGUAUAGUGUUCCCAGAAAUCACUAUAAAUGAGCAGGGUUGAGAGAAGAGGUACGUGGGUGGCUUUGGAUUUUAGUGAAUCUAGCUGAUAUAAGAAUUUCUUAAACACACACUAAAAUCUCUUCAAGGAAAAGGAGAGAGAAACCUUCCCCAUAAGUAAAGUAUGUGUAGGGUGUUGGGGGAGAACGAGGUAUUUCUAUGCAUUUUUAAAUUUAUUACACCCCAUUCUUUCUUAAUCCUAUUCAGAGGGAUGGUGUGUACCUGUCAGCUACCUAUUGCAUUUUCAGGGGGACUGCAUAAGUAGGUGUGUGUGCACAUCUUAUUGCUUGAAGAGGAAGA